AUGACAAAACAAUCUUUUGGUAAAGCCUUUCGCGAUGAGUUCUCUUUUGAACCAGGAUAUAUACCUAUAAACCAUGGCUCCUUUGGUGUUUAUCCUAAGGCAAUCAAACCACUUUUGCACGAAUUUCAAGAUAAAGCAGAAGAACACCCCGAUCGCUGGAAUCGUUAUGAGAUGUUCACUCAUAUUCAAGCUAGUUUAGAACGCGUUGCUCAACUUAUUCACUGUGACUCUAGUGAACUUGCUUUUGUGCCUAAUGCUUCUCAAGCUGCUAAUACCGUGCUUCGAAGUUUUCCUUUCAAAGAAGGCGAUAAAAUUCUUUAUUAUCAUACUAUGUAUGUCUCUGUCAACAAGACCUUGGAAUUCUUAAGAGAUCAUUUCAAAGUGAAGUUGGUGGGCGUUGAAAUUAACUACCCUAUUGAAGACGCAGACAUGAUUGAUUUGACCAAACAAGCCAUUGAAAGAGAACAUGCUAAAGAAGGUGAACCUAAGAUUCGUUUGGCUGUCAUUGAUGCACUCUCUUCUCUUCCCGGUGCACGCUUACCAUUUGAAGCACUUACUAAAACUGUUCAGGAACAUGGCAUCUUGGCUAUGAUUGAUGGUGCUCAUGCUAUUGGUCAAAUCCCUUUAAACUUAUCUGAGACUGAUCCAGACUUCUUCUUUAGCAACUGUCACAAAUGGCUUUAUACCCCUCGUGGCUGCGCUAUUCUGUACGUACCUAAGCGUAAUCAAGGCUUUGUUCACCCUACUACUAUUAACUAUGCUUACAAGUUUCAUGAAGAUGCUUCUGACUCCUCUACUUUUGCACUUGAACUUGCUCCAAACACGAUUGAUCCUAGUCCUUACAUGUGUGUCAAGGCCGCUAUUAAAUACCGUGAAGCCAUUGGUGGUGAAGAAGCCAUCAAUGCUUAUUGUCAUGAUAUUGCUGUCAAGGGUGGUGAUCUUGUAGCUAAGAAACUAGGCACAUCUGUCAUGGAAAACUCGACCAAGACAAUUACUGCAAAUAUGGUUAAUGUUGAAUUACCUGCUUUUAAGACAAGCAAGUCAGAUGCAGAAAUUAUCUCUUUUUUCAUGAAAAAGGCAGUUUAUGACCAUCAUACUAUGUUCCCUGUUUAUAAGAACAAUGGCAAGUGGUGGGUUAGAUUAUGUGGACAAAUUUAUGUAGAUCUUGAUGAUUUUGAAUAUGUUGGUAAUGCCUUGUUAGCCAUUAUUCAUGACAUUAAUGAAUAA